CAUCCCGACCCCGACUGCGCAGCUUUCGCUUUCGUCUGCUUUGCUAUCGCGCCUGUCGCGUCUGCAGACGAGUUCGUUUGUUGUUUCAAAAUGUAUGCAUUAUCUGCGACGUGGUAAUGUGGUUUAGAUAGUACGAAUGAUAGUAUGAAUGAUAUGCCGGCGUCCCUUUGUCCCUGUUAACUAUGCCGAAAAGAUAUCGACAAUGGUUGUUCGACGACAAUGUUCCGAAACCACGCACGACGAAGUUCAGGCACGAAAGAAGCGCCAAGAUGUCGUCGCUUUCCUCGGAGCUUGAGCAUGCACCACCGACUGGUGACGAAGGACCGAGCGAAGCUCCCGGUGAGGGUGGCAGCGAAACGUCAGGUGACGAGGAUCGGCAAUCAGUGUGGGAAAGUGGACAGGUGGACUGCGGAGCAGGAAGCAGCAUGGACGACACAAAUAUAGGCGCACAUAGAAGUGAUACCCCCAGACAACAAGAGGGCUCUCUUGAAUGGGCAAAUAUUACAGAGAGCUCUUCCACUGACACAAGUGAUGACGACAGUGCUUCCAUGACAGAAGAUGUUGCGAAAACAGAACUGGAUGAGCCGCUUUACCCUGGAUCACGGAUCACUAGAGGAGAAAGCUUGGUCCUGAUUUUGGCACACAGCCUUCGCCACGGCGCAACAAAGGAGGCGACAGAAAGUGUCUUAAAGCUUCUUGAAGCCCACCUGCCUGAGCAUGCUGCAUUACCAACAUCCAAGUACCUUUUUUUCAAAGAGUUUUUGUCCAGCCAUCAAACGAUGUCUUAUCACUUUUACUGUCCAAAGUGCCUUGAAUACCUUGGUAGCAGGGAGGAGGAACCACUUCGCUGCAACACAUGCUCUGUGGAGUUUGACAUGAACACGCUGACUAAGGAGUUCAGCUAUUUUCUUUUUUUUAUAUUGGUGAGCAAGUGA